AGAGAGAGAGAGAGUUUGUGUGUGUUUGUGUGUGUGUGUGUGAGAGAGAGAGAGAAAGGAAGAUCGCAACAAGACUGUGCCCAGCCGGGUCAUGUCCUGUUAGACUGGACCUCACCGCACCUGUCCUGGACUAACCCCCACGACGAGACCUCUGGCUCUGAGAGGAAGCUGCUGCUCGUUCGUCCACUCGCGCUUUUCGGGUGAACAAUCUCUGGCUGACGUCGGGACGCUUGUGACCAGCGGCGAGGACAGAUGUUUCCAGUAAAGCAGCCCUGGCUAUGCAAAGCCUUAGGUUGUUACGACUGCUGCGUGCGCUGUCUGGGGGCAGUGCCCUAUGCCAGUCUGGCUGCCACCCUGCUGUGCUACGCGGGCACGGCUCUGUUCUGUGUCAGCGGGCACAUGGCGCUGGCGCAGACCGAGGUGCUCGUUGAGAUGCACUUUGCGCGGAACAUCCAGGACUACGUUAUUCUGGCGUCUUUUAUUAAGUACUUCCAGUACGUCAUCUAUGGUCUGGCCUCCUUCUUCUUCCUGUACGGCAUCCUGCUGUUGGCAGAAGGAUUCUACACCACCAGCGCCAUCAAACAGAAGUUUGGAGAGUUCAGGAGCACACAGUGUAGUCGCUGCCUAAGCCUGACAUUAGUCAUCGUGACCUACAUCCUGGCCAUCAUCUGGCUGGCAGUGUUCGCCUUCACCGCCAUACCCGUGUACUUCUUCUUCAACAUGGAGGACACGUGCCACACCAUCAACAUCCUGGCCGAGACCACCACCAGCAUCAACCAGCAUGCCUGGGUCUGCAUGGACGCCAGGCAGUAUAGUUUACUUCCCUGGCACGCAAUGCCCGGCAAAGUCUGUGGGAUGACCCUGGCGGCCAUCUGCAAAAGCACCGAGUUCUUCUGGACCUAUGACCUGUACAUCGCUGCCUUUGCUGGAGCUGGAGUGACUCUGCUGUCACUGUUCCUUUACUUGGUGGCCACCACUUAUAACUAUGCUGUCUUGCGGUUCCUGGGAAGGAAGGCAAUGCGUUGCUAGGUGCCGCAUCCCCAGACACUCCGUCUUGCCGCUGUGCUUUGCUCUUUGUUGUCGGCUAUUGAGUCCGUGGGGAAAUCAUAGCAGAGCUUCAUGAAACUCGUUUCUCGUGAAACACCUGCUCAGUGGGACAAAAAAAACAUCACAGAACUCACAUAUAGAAAAAAGAAUAAUAUAAGUAAUGUACACCAGUGCAACCAUCUUUGAAUGGCUAGUUAGUUUAGAACACGAACAUGAUCUGGGGGAGGAAAUGUGAUGUGAUUGAGAUGCAAGGUGAGAUAAGGCGGUUUGCACUUUGUUUGAGCACCAGGAUAAGAGUUGAAUACUAGCUUUUGCUCUGUCUAACAUCAAGUCAGGGGUCCCCUGUCUGCUAGCCUGCUCCUCACUUUUUCUGGCGUGAGAUCAGAGGCUCAUGACCACUUACCAUACUUUUCCCCAACAUCUGAGGAUGUCCUUGUCUAUAUUUGGUUUGGGCCUUUGAGGUAACCAGUAUGACAGUGUUUUUUUUUUUCCAUGUUGCUGCUGGAUUGUUAUUUGCUGUGCUGCCUUUAUAUCCAUGUUUCAUACAUCUGCCCCAUACACCCAUGUGUUUGUAUCAUCUUUGUAUAUUGUCCACUUGUGCUGUAGCCUGAAUGCUACGAUUUGUUUAGAAGUGAAAGUAACAGUAAUACGACCAUAAUGAAUAUGUAAAUGCUACUGCCAAAGCAAUUUUCAAAAUGGCUUUCAAGUACUGAUGAAGAGAAUUGGUGCUACCUAUAUUUUUUAUCCAUUUACUUCAAACACUUUAAGCUUCUAUUCUUACCUUUCUCAUCUGUCUUUUCUAGCACUUUGUUUUUUCUCCCAACAUAGCUAAUCCUAGUUUGAGUAUAAAGUGAACGUAACCAAUGGCAACAGAUUGAAAAUAUCAACAAUUUUUUUCUUUUAAUGUAAUAAUAAUGAGUGAGUAUGUUACUCUUUCUGUUGUAUAUUAAAUAAUCUGAAUCCUGUGAGAUUGUUGGUACUGAAACUGUAUACUUUCUGUUUUAACACACAGAUUGUGUCGAUGAGAAUGAGAAUGUUCACAUGAAUGUCAGUUCAUCUAAAAAAUAACAAAGAAUAAAUUCACAGUUUUAUUAAAUCAAA